AUGGCCACUGAAGGUGGCCACAGAAGCUCCAGUCCCGACACUCCCGACUUUAAGAGACACUUUUCCAUCACUGCUCACGACGAGGCCCUCAUCAGCGAGGCCGCCAGACGCGCCAAGAUGGCCGCCAUUGAGAUCACCUCCACCUUUGACAACACACCCGCCUCAUCGGGUUGCGCAUCCACAAGCGGUGCCACCGCUGGCGGUCAGAGCACCACAAGUCCAACAUCGUCCGCAGCAAGCGGCGGCGUCAUGGAAGCGAUCGCCACAUUCAAGCAAGAUACCCCCAGUGUCGCACCCAGAGAUGCCGCCACAAACACCAUCACCAACGCCAACACGAACACCAAUACCGACACCAACAUCACCACCCAGCAACCACAACACGAAGGUCGCAAGCUCCCCAACCCAACCCCGCUGGGUCUCUGUGCCUUUGCACUAACCACUUUCGUACUGUCGUGCAUCAACGUCAACGCUCGCGGCGUUCACGUGCCGCACAUUGCUGUGCCCCUCGCCCUCGGCUACGGCGGUCUUGUGCAACUCCUAGCAGGCAUGUGGGAGAUGGCUGCCGGCAACGCCUUUGGCGCCACUGCGCUCUCAUCCUACGGCGGCUUCUGGCUCGCCUACGGAAUCCUCCUGACGCCCGGCUUCGGCGUGCUCGGUCCGGGAGGCGCCUACGAAGACGACGGCGCGAUCGAAAGCUCGGCCCUCGGCAUCUUCCUGGCCGGCUGGUUUGUCUUCUCCGUCGUCCUGACCCUGCUCACCCUCCGAUCGAACCUGGCGCUCUUUUCCAUGUUCUUGACCCUCGACUUGACGUUUUUGAUGCUCGCAGUCGCCGAGUUUGCGAGCAGCGAUGGCAGCGGCGAGGCGGCGGCGGUGCUGGCCCGCGCGGGUGGUGCGUUUGGGCUGGUCACGGCGUUUCUGGCGUGGUAUAAUGCGUUUGCUGGGUUGGUGGACGACAGCAACUUCUUCUGCACAAUUCCGGUCUACCAUUUCCCAUGGUCUGAAAAGGCGAAAGGCAUCAGGAACAAGCAAAAGACAGAGAGGGAGAUGGUGUAAGGAAUAGAUACGACGAUGGUAUUGACACUCCGUGUGGGUUCUUGGUUUGUCUUGUCUCCCUUUAGUUCUUUGUGGCAGCUUUUCCCUCUUCAAGGUUGACAUCUCCGGGAAACCAGCAAGUAAAUUUGAGAUCGCAGAGUGAUGAACUGAAAUAGCCGUAUGAUCCGUAUACCAUUAGAGUAAAGACGUGUCUCCGAAC